AUUGCACCAGGAUGGCUCUGAAAUGGACUUCAGUUCUUCUGCUGAUACAUCUCAGUUGUUACUUUAGCUCUGGGAGUUGUGGAAAGGUGCUGGUGUGGGCCGCAGAAUACAGCCAUUGGAUGAAUAUGAAGACAAUCCUGAAAGAGCUUGUUCAGAGAGGUCAUGAGGUGACUGUACUGGCAUCUUCAGCUUCCAUUCUUUUUGAUCCCAAUGAUGCAUCCACUCUUAAAUUUGAAGUUUAUCCUACAUCUUUAACUAAAACUGAAUUUGAGAAUAUCAUCAUGCAACAGGUUAAGAGAUGGUCAGACAUUCGAAAAGAAAGCUUUUGGUUAUAUUUUUCACAAGAACAAGAAAUCCUGUGGGAAUUAUAUGACAUAUUUAGAAACUUCUGUAAAGAUGUAGUUUCAAAUAAGAAACUUAUGAAAAAACUACAAGAGUCAAGAUUUGACAUCAUUUUUGCAGAUGCUUUUUUUCCUUGUGGUGAGCUGCUGGCUGAGCUAUUUAACAUACCCUUUGUGUACAGUCUCUGCUUUACUCCUGGCUACACAAUUGAAAGGCACAGUGGAGGACUGAUUUUCCCUCCUUCCUACAUACCUAUUGUUAUGUCAAAAUUAAGUGAUCAAAUGACUUUCAUGGAGAGGGUAAAAAAUAUGAUCUAUGUGCUUUAUUUUGACUUUUGGUUCCAAAUGUGUGAUAUGAAGAAGUGGGAUCAGUUUUACAGUGAAGUUUUAGGAAGACCCACUACCUUAUUUGAGACAAUGGGGAAAGCUGACAUAUGGCUAAUGCGAAACUCCUGGAAUUUUCAGUUUCCUCAUCUAUUCUUACCAAACGUUGAUUUUGUUGGAGGACUCCACUGCAAACCUGCCAAACCCCUACCUAAGGAAAUGGAGGAGUUUGUACAGAGCUCUGGAGAAAAUGGUGUUGUGGUGUUUUCUCUGGGGUCAAUCAUAAGUAACAUGACAGCAGAAAGGGCCAAUGUAAUAGCAACAGCCCUGGCCAAGAUCCCACAAAAGGUUCUGUGGAGAUUUGAUGGGAAUAAACCAGAUGCCUUAGGUCUCAAUACUCGGCUGUACAAGUGGAUACCCCAGAAUGACCUUCUAGGUCAUCCAAAAACCAGAGCUUUUAUAACUCAUGGUGGAGCCAAUGGCAUCUAUGAGGCGAUCUACCAUGGGAUCCCUAUGGUGGGCAUUCCAUUGUUUUUUGAUCAACCUGAUAAUAUUGCUCACAUGAAGGCCAAGGGAGCAGCUGUUAGAUUGGACUUCCACACAAUGUCAAGUACAGACUUGUUGAAUGCACUGAAGACAGUAAUUAAUGAUCCUUUAUAUAAAGAGAAUGUUAUGAAAUUAUCAAGAAUUCAACAUGAUCAACCAGUGAAGCCCCUGGAUAGAGCAGUCUUCUGGAUUGAAUUUGUCAUGCGCCACAAAGGAGCCAAACACCUUUGAGUUGCAGCCCGUGACCUCACCUGGUUCCAGUACCACUCUUUGGAUGUGAUUGGGUUUCUGCUAGCCUGUGUGGCAACUGUGACAUAUAUCAUCACAAAGUGUUGUCUGUUUUGUUUCUGGAAGUUUACUAGAAAAGUGAAGAAGGAAAAAAGAGAUUAGUUAUGUCCGACAUUUGAAGCUGGAAAACCUGAUAGAUGGGAUGACUUCAGUUUAUUCCAGCAAGAAAGAUUGUGAUGCAAGAUUUCUUUCUUCCUAUGACAAAAAAAAAUCUUUUUGAAAUCUACCUUGUCAAGUAAAAAUUUGUUUUUCAGAGAUUUACCACCCAGGUAAUGGUUAGAAAUAUUUUGUGGCAAUGAGGAAAACACUAGGGAAAAUAAAAAAUAAUAUAAAGCCAUAUGAGCUCAUAUUGAAAUUUGUUGCACUUAUAUUGAGAUGUGUUGUUUUAAUUCACAAGUUACAUGAAAAAAAUUUUACUCAGCUUAACCAUAUUUCACACAUUUUACAUAAACACAAGAACAUUAAGAACUCUACUGACAGUAUCAGUACUGUUUUGCACAUACUCAAAAUAAUUUGCUUCAUUUUGAACAGAAUUCUGUUGUUUUAACUGUUGCUAAAGAAACUAUUACAUAGUUAAAUUGUAUAGAAAGUCUCUCUCUUCCUUUGAUAUUUUGAGAUAUGUAGUAUUGCUUCCCUUUUAUGCUGCAUGCAGCUUUAUUGUAACAUUUUUGCUAAAAAUGAUGGCCAAAUGUUUACUGUUCUAAGAGCUUAAGUCAUUUCUCAGUGGAAACUAUGUGGAAUUAGAAAUAUAGCCACUGUUACCUGUUUCCUACUGUAAAACUGAACUAUUUUGCUACAUCUUUGGUUUCAUGAGCAAGUUAUAUUUUUUCCAUAUAUUUAAAAAUAUUUAUCUGGUUGAUUUUAUUCUCAUAUUUUUAAUUACUUCAAUAGUUAUUUGGGAACAGGUGGUGUAUGACUAGAUGGAUAAAUUUUUUAGUGGUAAUUUCUGAGGUUUUGGUGCACACAUCAUGUGAGAAGUGUACCUUGCCCUGAAUGUAUAGUCUUGUAUCCCUCACCCCCUCCCACCCUCCCAUCUGAAUCCUUAGAGCCCAUUACAUCAUCCUUAUGCCUUUGCAUCCUAAUAGCUUAGAUCCCACUUAUAAGUGAUGAUUUACGAUGUUCAGUUUUCUAUUCCUGAAUUACUUCACUUAGAAUAAUGCUCUUCCACUUCAUGCAAGUUGCUGUUAAUGCCAUUAGUUUGUUUCUUUUUAUGGCUUAGUAGUAUUCUAUGGUGUAGUAUGUAAAUGCAUGUGUAUAUAUAUGUGUGUGUGUGUGUGUGUGUGUGUGUGUGUAUCAGGGGAACCCGCCCUCAAUAUUUCAAUGUAGGUUCCUUCUAUUUUCCAUAAGUGUUGGCCAGCUGAGAAAUAAAGAUAAAGAGUACAAAGAGAGGAAUUUUAAAGCAGGGCCACUGGGGAUGACAUCACAUAUCCGUAGGACUGUGACGCCCACCAGAGCAUCACAGAGCCCCUUUGUCUUGGCCAAUUUCUGCCAUUUAGAAGGAGUGUAUUUACCCAAUGCCUGUUUCUUCAUUGUAUCUAGAAAGUAACUAACUUGCUUUUGUUUUUUAGGCUCAUAGGCAAAAAGGACUUGCCUUAUCCCAGAUGAGACUUUGGAUUGUGGACUUUUGAGUUAAUGCUGAAAUUAGUUAAGACUUUGGAGAACUGAAGGGAGUGCAUGAUUGGUUUUAAUAUGUGAGGACCUGAUAUUUGGAAGGGGCCAAGGGAAGAAUGAUAUGAUUUGGCUGUGUCCUCACCCAAAUUUCAUCUUGAGUUGUAGCUCCCAUAAUUCCCACCUGUUGUGGGAGGAACGUGGUGAGAGGUAAUUGAAUCAUCGUAGCACAUCUUUCCCAUGAUAUUCCCAUGAUAGUGAGUAAGUGUGUUGAGAUCUUAUAGCUUUAUAAAGGAGAGUUUCCCUACACAAGCCUUCUUGCCUGCCUCCAUGUAUUACAUAACAUUGCUUCUCAUUUGCCUUUUGUCAUGAUUGUAAGGCCGCCCAAGCCAUGUGUAACUGUGAAUCUAUUAAACCUCUUUCCUUUAUAAAUUA